ACGACAAAUCGGCCGGCAACUAACCUUGGAGAAUCGUCUUGCCGCGACAAUUCUCUAACUUUCCUUACAACAGCACAUACGUUGGAGUGAGGGAAUACGACAAGAUGCCUUCGGAGCAGGGACACAGACUAUACGUCAAGGGACGUCACCUGUCCUACCAGCGUAGCCGCCACGUCACGCACUCCGAGACCAGCCUGAUCAAGAUCGAGGGCGUUGACAACACCGACGCUGCCAACUUCUACCUCGGCAAGAAGGUCGCCUACGUCUACAAGGCCCAGAAGGAGAUCCGCGGCUCUCGGAUCCGUGUCAUCUGGGGCAAGGUCACUCGUCCCCACGGCAACUCUGGUGUCGUCCGCGCCAAGUUCCGCCACCCCCUGCCCGCCAAGUCCUUCGGUGCGUCGGUUCGUGUGAUGCUUUACCCCUCCUCGAUAUAAGAGGGUUCUCGUCUCGGAUGGAGUUGGUAGUGAGGAUGGUUUCUGAAUUGGCUGCAUUGGCCAUGGUCAUGGUCAAGGAUCAGAGCAUAGCCUUGGGCUCAAGGCUCCCCAAAUGAAACUCGUCAAACAC